CACGCUCGGGAAUUCCUAUAUGGCACCGGGACAUCAAUUGGGCCUAUAUCAUGGCGAGAGUUCCCACAUGGAUCGUGCACGGUGUGAAGAGUGAAUCCUGGGAGGUGAGCGGGCUUACCAGUACAAGGUUACUAAAAUUGCAUUCCUUGCGUGAAAAUGCGUGCGUCACUACCGUUUCUUACUGCCCUGGGGUGUAUCUCGGCCGCUUUGGCAGUUCCUCAUCCCAGAGUGCAGAGUCCGGAGUAUGUCAACUGGACAACUUUCAAAGCCAAUGGCGUCAACCUCGGAGGCUGGCUCGUCCAGGAGUCCACGAUUGACAGCCAGUUUUGGGGCACAUAUUCCGGCGGCGCGGAUGAUGAAUGGGGCCUCUGUGAACAUCUAGGAUCCCGGUGUGGACCUGUUUUGGAACAUCGAUAUGCGACUUACAUCACGAAAAGCGACAUCGAUAAGCUGGCCAACGUCGGUGUAGAAAUCUUGCGGAUUCCCACGACGUACGCCGCCUGGAUCAAGCUCCCUGGCUCCCAGCUGUACUCUGGGAACCAGACAGCCUACCUGAAACAGAUCGCCGACUACGCGAUCACCCAGUAUGGCAUGCACAUUAUCGUGGAUGUCCACUCGCUUCCUGGUGGCACAAAUGGUCUCACCAUCGGCGAGGCUAGCGGGCACUGGGGCUGGUACUACAACCAGACCGCGUUUGACUACUCCAUGCAAGUCAUUGAUGCCGUCAUCUCCUUCGUCCAGAACUCAGGGUCUCCCCAAUCUUACACGAUCGAACCGAUGAACGAGCCUACUGAUAACCCGGAUAUGUCCGUCUUCGGAACCCCUGCAGCGCUCUCAGAUCGCGGCGCCACCUGGGUACUGAAGUAUAUCCGCGCCGUAAUCGACAGGGUCGCAUCCGUCAACCCCAACAUCCCAGUCAUGUUCCAGGGAAGCUUCAAACCGGAGCAGUACUGGUCCGGUCAACUCCCCGCCGAUGCGAACCUUGUCUUUGACGUCCACACAUACUACUUCGAACGCAACGUCACGUCCGAGACCCUCCCAGCCCGCCUGUACGCGGACGCGCGGUCCAAGGCCGGAGACGGCAAGUUCCCUGUGUUCACGGGAGAGUGGUCUAUCCAAACCCUAUACCAGAACUCCUUUGCUCUCCGUGAGAGGAAUGUGAAUGCGGGUCUCGAUGCCAUGUACAAGUAUUCCCAAGGCAGCUGUUACUGGACCGCGAAGUUCUCGGGCAAUGCGACCGUGAAUGGGCAAGGAACACAAGCGGACUACUGGAAUUUUGAGUACUUUGUUGACCACGGAUACAUUGACCUGACGAGAUUCCAUAAUACGAAGUGAAAGAUGAACUAGGGGUUCCUUUUGUUGGUCGGUUGAGGCGA